AUGGCCCCUCCAGCCGCUACCCUUUCGCAGCCCGGAGAUCAACCCAUCUUCUUGGCUAAGAAAAAUGGCACGAGUAUCGACAAGGCUUAUGAUGUCCUAGAGGAUUAUGAGGGCAACUACCGCUUCGCCCCUAUCGAGGAGGCGCAGGUAUCGAGGGCCAUGAUUAAGCGAUACUUCAACAUGAUGUAUGAGCGCGCUGUUUCGGACGUCGUAAUAAUUGGAGCUGGUAGCGCUGGUCUCUCCUGCGCGUACCAUCUAGCGAAGUCCCGACCAGACUUGAAGAUUACCAUCAUAGAAGCGAAUGUUGCUCCUGGCGGUGGAGCCUGGCUCGGUGGCCAGCUGAUGACACCCAUGGUUGUCCGCAAGCCUGCCGACCGUUUCCUUGAAGAGAUCGGUGUUCCAUACGAGGAUGAGGGCGCCUUCGUCGUCGUCAAGCACGCCGCACUCUUCACUUCCACCGUCCUGUCCCGUGUCCUGGCCAUGCCCAACGUUGUCCUGAUGAACGCCACCGCCGUUGAGGACCUCAUCGUCCGCCAGGACUUCCAGGGCCGUCAGCGCGUCGCGGGAGUCGUGACGAACUGGACGCUGGUCUCGCUCAACCACGACACGCAGUCGUGCAUGGACCCGAACGUGAUCACCGCGCCUGUUGUUAUUACAGCGACCGGCCACGACGGGCCCAUGGGCGCCUUCUCUGCCAAGCGCCUCGUUAGCAUGGGCCUACUGAAGGAGCUCGGGAACAUGAGGGGUCUCGACAUGAAUCGCGCGGAGCCUGCCAUUGUCAAUGGUACGCGCGAGGUCUCUCCUGGCUUGAUCAUGACCGGUAUGGAGCUCUCGGAGCAUGACGGCUCAAACCGCAUGGGUCCUACGUUUGGUGCAAUGAUGGCCAGUGGUAUUAAAGCGGCUCGCGAAGCUAUCCGUAUUCUCGAGUCUUCCCAGAUCGUUGAUGGUAAAAUUGUCGGGUAG